AUGGGAGGGUGGAGAAAGCUAAGCAGCAGCACCAGCGAUGGGUGGUGCUUGGAUGACAACAGAAGAAUUUCUCUCUGGCAUGCGAUUCGGUUAGAAUCAAUGGAGAAGGUUACAAACGGUGAAGUGGCGACACUCAAAGUAGAAGAGAAACGGGGGGUGGGGGUUGUAUGCAGGCGGUGUAAAGAAACUUACAACCCCUCUUCAAACACUCCUUCUGCCUGUCGAUUUCAUCCUUCUUUCUUUGUGUGUCGACGUCAUGAUGAUCAAAAAAGGUACUAUGAAUUGGGACCUAAUGAUCCACCAUAUGCUGCCAAAUUCUAUGAUUGUUGUGGAGCAGAGGAUCCCAAUGCAUGUGGUUGCACCACUAGUUUUCAUCUCUCUUAUGAUGAUGCUUGAAAGACUAUUUGUGUUGAAUAUACAUUGCUUUGAAGAUGCUAAGAUAUGUAUAUAAAAUCUUGAAAAAAUAAUUAAGAAAUAAACCUCUCGUUUGUUUAUGGUAUGUUCACAUGGAGUCAUUUUUGUCAUUUCAAUGUUUGGAAGGGUA